AUGGGACUCAGGAGAAGAAGGGACCCACACCCCGGACACCAGAAAGAUUUUUCAGUAUCAACUUAUGACAUCACAUCAAGAAGUAUAUAUGUUCAAUGGACUAAAGUAGCUGGGGCCGCAUCAUAUAAAAUCACAGCAUCCCCUUUCAUGUCAGCUGACCAGUUGGCUUUUGCAAUAUUUAAUCCAUCCACUGUCAUAGGGACUUUAAACACACUUCUUCCCAAUACUAACUAUACAGUAACCGUGGAAGCCAUGGACAGUGAUGGACUUACUCUAGCUGAAGCUCAGAUCAUCCAACUUACAGCUCCUGAUGUUCCCAAUAUUGACCAGGCAUAUUCAAAGCUGAGUAACAGCAUCACUGUGGAAUGGGCUGAAGUACUGGGAGCUGCACAGUAUCAGGUGAUCGCUCAGGCUGGACAGAUAUCCUUUGAGUCCAUUGUCACCAGUUCCCCAGGGACUGUGACCGGCUUGCAAGAUGCAACCUCCUACAAAAUGACUGUGAGAUCCAUCAAUACUGCUGGGAUGAGCCAGCCUUCUCCUCCGAAAUGGGCAAAAACAGUUCUGGCAGCGGCAUCUAUCACAGUGGAAUCUUUGAACAGUGAAUCUUUGAGCGUUAGCUGGCAGCCGGUCCCUUCAGCUGUGCUGUACUCAGUGUCUGUGAUGAGAUCAGAUGGAUCUGGCAGCAGAUGGAACCAAAACACUACAGCUCUAUCCCUCAACUUCACCUCUUUGGACCCAGGCACUGUCUAUACUAUAAAAGUGAAUGCCUGGGAUGCUAAUGGGACACCAGGGGAUGACAGCACAUAUAAUCAGAUUACACGUCCAGUUGCUCCAUCAGGUGUAAAUAUCGCAUUCAACAGUGGAGCAUUGGAAGCUGCAUUCUCCGUAUCCGCAGCUGAUUCCACAACCAACUACACGGUACUUCUUUAUGGUGGAGAGUCCACUAUCAACUGCACUAUGUCUGCGUCCACUUGCACCAUCUCUUCAUUACAGUGUGGGAUAGAAUAUACAGUGUCCUUGGUAGCAACCAAUGAAGCUGGAUCAACUCUGUCACCAAAUAACUGGAGUCUAAAAUCAGUUCCAUGUGCACCUAGUGGGAUUACAGUUGAGGAGGGAAACCCUGGGAAUCUCACAGUGUCCUGGUCCAGUGGAAAGCUUUCAGAGUAUUAUGUUGUGUUUGUGAAGAGUGAUGAUGGCUUUGAGGUUCAUUGCAAUACGUCCCUGUCACCGUGCUACUUUCCAGCUGAGUGUGGUUUCAUCUAUUUCAUGAGUGUCUUUGCAUAUAACAAGGCAGGACAAAGCCCUCUGGGUGAACUUCUUAAUUAUACUACAGCACCGUGCUGCCCCAGUGAUUUCAACCCGGCCUAUGUAUCGAGUGAUACACUAGAGAUUGUCUGGUCUGCUGUGCGAGGUGCAGAAAUGUAUGAAACAAAGGCAGAUGAUGGAGCCAACACAAUCCUCUGCAAUGACACAGCCACAGUGUGUGCUCUAUCUGGCCUGCAAUGUAACACACAAUACAAUGUAACCGUGUAUUCAUAUAGCGAAAACAGGGGCAGCAACACCUCAUGUGCUUCAAAGUACAUGAAAACAGCUCCCUGUAGUCCAGAAAUAAGAAAUAUCACAAUGAUGGACAUAAGCAGCUUCAUGGUGAGUUGGCAGUCCAGUAACCAUGAUGCAGUAUACACUGUGACUGCCAGAGGAGAGCAUGGACUGUGGGACUGCACCAGCUCAGGCACCUCCUGUAUACUUGAGAACCUACCAUGUGGAUCAAUGUACAUGGUCCAUGUGGUGGCAUCUACUUAUGAAGGAACCAGCCUACCCAGCUACAGCAUGCCCUUGGAAAUAGCUCCUUGCUGUCCAGCAAAUCUAAGCGUGGUCCAAGUCACUCAGUCAGUGACAAAUGUAAGCUGGUCUUCGGCCACAGGUGCACUGACAUAUACAACAAUGCUGGAAUCACCGAGGGGACAGGCAAAAUGCCACACUCUGGAGGAGCAUUGCAUGCUGGGAUGUAUCACCUGUGGAACAAGCUACUCAGUGUCCCUGGAAGCAGUCAGUGAAACCGGCCUUAUGUCACAGUGCACUUAUCAUGGCUACUCAUCUAGUGCUUGCUGUCCAUCUGGAGUGAAGCUAUACAGGCUGUCUAACAGUGGCAUCCGUGUCACUUGGCGGGCAUCAGCUGGUCCUGACAACUACACCGUCAACAUCUAUGGAUCUAAAGGGAAUUUGACUUGUAGUCCAAACACCAGCGUCAGUUACUGUGAUGUUACAGAGAUACCAUGUGGAGAUGUGUAUACUGUUGUGGUUUCUCCUGUCAGUAUUGGAGACACACAAAUCUCAUUCUGCCCCAAAAAAAUAUAUUCUGUUACAUGCUCAGGAAGCUCCCUUGGGAUUGUGAUCUACAGAGGAAAGAGAAGUAUCACAUAAAAUAAUAAAAGAGCUGAAUACAUACAGAAUUCGUCUCAGCAAUUCAGGAUUGGAAUAACUGGACAUUGCAAAGCAAAUAUAUGUACUGUACACAGAUCACCAAGCAAUACAAACAUAUUCAAGAACCAUUUGGUGUAAAUGUACUCAGACGUUGAGAUAUCUUUAGAUAUGUAGAUGAUUUAAUAUGUACUGUAUGAUAGCGGCCAUCUUUUUGGUCACAUUCACAAAAUGAAACAAUGAAACAUUCUACAAAUUAUUUGAACUAUAACUUAUCUAUAUCCCAGUGUAUGUAUGUAUAUAUAUCUAUACACACACACAUAUAUAGUGUAUACAACGGUGCAGCACUCAAAGCGACUUGGUAAAUCAAACAGU